AUGGCUCGAAUGAAUCACUCUGCUCCUGUGGAAGUCACAUAUAAGAGCAUGAGAUUUUUUAUUACACACAAUCCAACCAAUGCAACCUUAAACAAAUUUAUAGAGGAACUUAAGAAAUAUGGAGAUACCACAAUAAUAAGAGUAUAUGAAGCAACUUAUGAUACUACCCUUGUGGAGAAAGAAGGCACUAGUGUUCUUGACUGGCCUUUUGAUGAUGGUGUACCACCACCCAACCAGAUUGUUGAUGACUGGUUAAGUCUUGUGAAGAUUAACAUUUGUAAAGGACCUGGUUGCUAUAUUGCUAUUCAUUGUGUCACAUUCCUUGGCAGAGUUCCCGUAUUUGUUACCCCAGCAUUAAUUGAAAGUGGAAUGACAUAUGAAGAUGCAGAACAAUUCAUAAGACAAAAGUGGCAUGGAGCUUUUAACAGCAAGCAACUUUAG